AUGACAACAUCACAAGCUCCUAAUUCAAAACCUUCAUGGAAUUCUUCAACUGGAGCUCAGCCAACAAGAACAACACGUUCUGUUUUUCUUGAUAAUAAUCGACCAGUUGAAAAUAAUGUUCCACGUCAAAUAUUUCCCGCUGCAUCUACAAUUUAUCCUUUAACUAAUACAGACGUUACGACGCCUGUUAAAGUUGUACGUCUACCAACAACUAUACUUGAAGGACCAUCAAACGCAUCGUCUUUUUAUAUUCAAUAUCCACAACAAACACAUCCAGCAAAUACAAGAGUAAUUCGUACAGAUCCCCAAGUUGUUGUACUCGAAUCACAUCCAAGUGAACAAUCAUUAUUGAAUUAUCCUCAACAAAUUAAUAAAUAUCAAACAAGAUAUUAUCCAGAUACAGAAGUUUUACUUAACCAAUCGGUAAGAGGUUAUUUUUGA